CGAGACUUCAUGAGAACUGCUCUCUGCUGGUGUCACCAUCGGACGAUGCGCACAGGCUGAGUGCUGCAGAAAUAAGCCGAUGGUGGAACAGUGUUCGAGAUCCGCAGUCCUGCAGGUAACGUAUACUCUAACCGAAGCAGCGGCUUUGUUGGAGACCAGUUCGUUCCGAGCUUCGUUGGGGCCAAAAGCACAUGGGCAGAGAGGGUUCUGACAGCCACGCGAAGAUCAAUUGAGCCUUGCUGGCACGGGUUGGCGCUUCUAUCCUUGUACAAAGGCAGCCCGAUUUCCAGUGCUGUUCACAUCUAUCACCAACAUUGUCCAAUUCAACAGAAUUACUGGCAACCAGAACCUUUCUGCAUCCAUCUCAUCUGCAACCUCACAAUGGCAAUCCAAAGCACACUUGGUUUGGCCCUCCUGGGUCUGUCCGCCUCAGCCGUGGCGCAGACCGUCGAUGGCUCCAAAUAUAACUCGCCCACCGGUGGUCCCCCUUCUAGCUACUUUGCAGCAGCCUCAUCCCUUCCUGUUUCUGCCAUUCAGUCGGCUGCCGCUAAGGCAAAUGGUGUGCCGUCGCUGGCCACCUACCCAGUGAACACUGACAAGAACUCCCCUAAAUCGACCAUCCAUAAUGACUGGGUCAAAUUCAGCGAUGGAGCGGCUCUAAGCUGGGUAGCUGACAUGGAUGUGGACUGUGACGGGAUUGACUACAAGUGCUCGGGCAACGGGGAUGGGCAGGCGCAGACCAACUGGGGCGCACUCGCAGCCUACGAAGUCCCCUUCAUUGUCAUCCCCGACAAGUUUCUGACCGCUAAUACCGAUCUCCUUCCUGGAAACAAUGUUGCUGCUGUGAUCUGCAACGGCAAGAUGUACUACGGCAUUUUGGGGGAUUCCAACGGCGAUGACCCUGAAGUCACCGGAGAAGCCUCCUGGCUCAUGGCCCGGACCUGCUUUCCUGACGAAGGCUUGAACGGUGACAAGGGCCACACAGCUGCCGAUGUGACUUAUAUCGUCUUCACCGGCAAGGACGCCGUCCUCCCCAGCAGCGCCUUGGGUAAAAACUACAUCACCAACUUCACGACCCUCCGAUCCAUGGGAGAUAAGCUGAUGGGCGCAUUGGCCUCCAAACUGGGCUUGGCCGGUGCCGCUCCCAGUGAAGGGCCGACUUCCUCGGUGGUGGCGACAACCCUUACGAAGAUUGCCUCCGCAACGACCAGCGCUGCGAGUCCGACGGAAACGGACGAGGACGAGUGUUCUUGGUCGGGUCACUGUGAAGGUGCCACUUGCUCCUCUGAUGAUGAUUGUUCUGAUGUCCUGGUGUGCGAUAGUGGGAGCUGCAGCGCUGAGUAGAGGGGGUGAUGUAGUCUCAGGGGGGUAAGAAAAAUCUGAUCUCAGCAUAUGUACGAUGUAACUCGCGGAGGAGGGCACUGGA